UAUUUGUGACAAAAUGCCAUAUUUGGAACACUGCCUAACUGCGUAUUGUGAACGGGUCCCCGGAAAAGUGUUAUGACAAAUGUUUUUUUUUUUUGUUAGGUACUACAAGAAAGACAUUGAAGAAGUUUCAACACCAGGAAAAAAGAGGAAAAAAAGGCCACAGGAAGGAAAGUCACUUGACACAGUCAACGAUUUCACAGUAAAUGCAAUCAGGAAUGCAAUUUACAGGAUGUACGCUGAAGGUUUGAAUGUUACAGUCGACACCAUUUUGAAAGAAAUCAGGGAAAGACAAAUAGAUUAUUAUGGUGGAAGAUCAAGUCUUCAUAAAUUGUUAAAGAAGAUGGGAUUUUCAUGGACAACUGUUGAUGGACGAAAAGCUUUGAUAGAGAAUGAAAACAUAGUAUUGCAGCGAAUAGAUUUCUUGAGAAAGUAUAAAGAAGAAAAAGAAAGAGGUGCCAAUUUCAUAUUUGUUGAUGAAACAUGGAUUUUCCAGAGAGGCAAGGCAUUAAUUUAUUUGAAAAUUUGUUCUGUGGUCCAAUACAAAGUAUUUCAUUUCCAUUUCAUAUAUUUUUCAGGAACUGUAUCAAAGUCAUGGCAGGACAAGAGUCUACAAUCUGCGAAGAGACGUACUGUUGGAGAUGGUAAAAUGUUUAUUGUUGUUAAUGCUGGAGGGCGCACUGGCUUUGUGCCAGGAGCAGGAUUACUUUUUGUUUCAGGUCAGAAGACUGCAGACUACCAUGGGGAGAUGAAUGGGGAAACUUUCUUGAUGUGGUUUGAAGACAUGUUGGUGCAUCUUGAGGAACCCAGUGUCAUCAUAAUGGACAAUGCUUCAUAUCACAGCACCCAGGUUGAGAAAACACCUGCAACGAACUGGACCAAGGAUGCACUGAUCGCGUGGCUGGAGAAGAAUGAGAUAAAACAUGAAAAUAAUUUGUUGAAAGUGGAGCUGCUGAGAAUAGCUAAACAAAACAAGCCCCGAAUACGAUGGGCGAGGUGUGUGGAUCACGUGGAGAAGCUAAUUCAAGCAGACUGGGAGAGAGAAGUCCACAUAGACAGCGGCACCAUUCCUCCACUCAUCAUCCACCUCGGCGAGGAUAGUUCAAGUGAAGACAGUGACAGCGAAGAAUUUGAGGUUACGACACAGCAAGUAGAUGGAGACAGUGAAGUACUGGCAGUUCCUCUUGAUGAUUUACCCGGGUGUUCUUAUUGAGGUCUGUAUGUAAUAAACACCUGGGCAACUGUAA